AUGAUGACAAAUAUCAAGGAUGAGCCUCUCUUGCUUCGUAAAUUCAAAGAUAUAAACUACUUCACAACUGACGAAGAAUUCCAAAGCUUCCCAGAGAACAAGCUUCCAUUUCUGAAAAGAAUUGUAUGCUCAUGAAAAUGAAUAGUUCUCUUUUUUACAAUGAUCUCACAGCAAUUCUUUUUCUUAUCAGCCAUAAAAUCUGCUAACUCCCCCCCCCCUCCGUGAGCGAACAAAAAAAUUUUGUUCACUCACGGAGGGGGGUUAAAUUUUUUUUUUUAAAAACAAUUUAUAUAUAAAUUUUAUAAAAAAUAUUUUUUUCGAAAUUUAAAAAAAAUCCUAAUUUGCAAAAAUUGGGAAGCAAAUACUAAUUUAAUUUGCAAAAUUUAUGUUUUAAAACGCAAUUUGUUUUAAAAUUAAACAGAAUUAGCUCUAGAUUUCAUUAUACUAAUUAUCACUUAUAUAGCAAAAUUUUUUCUAUUAAAAAUUUUUUCUAUUAAAAAUAUUUUUUGUUCACUCACGGAGGGUGGGUUUUUGGCCAAAAAAAUGGCGAUUUUUCUAAUGGUUUUGUUCGCUCACGGAGGGGGGGGGGAGUAAAGGAAAAAGCUUAGUUUUAGGCUUUUUUCUUCUUAUAUUGAUGACAAUUAUUAUCUGGAUCUUAGGCAUAAAGUCAAAAACUGCUCCACAGAAAAAGAGCCUUGUUUUCUUACUCCCCCCCCCCCCCUCCGUGAGCGAACAAAACCAUUAGAAAAAUCACCAUUUUUUGACCAAAAACCCACCCUCCGUGAGCGAACAAAAAUUUUUUUUAAUAGAAAAAAUUUUAAUGGAAAAAAAAUUUUGAUAUAUAACUGAUAAUUAGUAUAAUGAAAUCUAGAGCUAAUUCUGUUUAAUUUUAAACAAAUUGCGUUUUAAAACAUAAAUUUUGCAAAUUAAAUUAAUAUUUGCUUCCCAAUUUUUGCAAAUUAGGAUUUUUUUAAAUUUCGAAAAAAAUAUUUUUUAUAAAAUUAUAUAUAAAUUUUUUUUUUAAAAAAAAAAUUAACCCCCCUCCGUGAGUGAACAAAAUUUUUUUGUUCGCUCACGGAGGGGGGGGGGGAGAGUUAGGAAUAAUUGAUGUGACUUAUUUAUUUAUAGUCUUAUCAACUGCUGCUAACAUUUCACCUAUAUUUUUGGCAGCCUUAUUGCAAAUUUCUAUUCUUUUUAGGAUGUUUUUGAUGAAAUUUACACAAUAUCAUCCAUUUUUACUUACACAUUAUUUAGCUGGAAUAAUUAUUAUUGUUAGCGUUUCGGUGAAUUACGGGUAUAAUGGGAAUGAUUAUUCAUAUUUGCUAUUAUUAGGGAUUUUGCUACAAACGACAAGUGCUGUGUUCAAAAUAAGCUAUUUAAGGAAAAAUAUAGCUGAAGAGAUAGCAGUCAAUAAAGUCACCUUAUUGUCUUCCACGGUAUUUGGAGGGGCAUUUUUACCGCUUGUUUUAGCAAUGCAAGGAAUUUCUAUUGGAGACCACUUGAAUGAAGGUUUUAAAUGUAUGGUAGGGAUUGGUUGUGACUUAUUGCCAGUUUUCAUUUUUUGUUUAGGGAUCAGUGUAGCAGCUCAUCAUUAUAUGCUAAAUAAUGGUAUUGAGUUAAAUUGUCGUAAGGCAAUUAUCGGAUAAGUAUUAGCAUGAUUAUCUAGGGUAGAUCCAUCUAGCCUAAGGCUUAGCUCCCUAAGCUAGAGCCAUCUCUUGUGGACGAUUAUUUAUUCUAUAUAGAUAAAGACUUAGUCAGUGGGAGUAAAAAAACUGUUAGUCUUUCUGCCAAGGACAAUAAAAAAAUUGUGGAAGGAAUAGAACUUUAUUCUCGGCAGCCAUCCCAAUCUCCAUAGUCUAUUCCAAGCGAGGUAGACUUCAUAUAUUUGCGCAUAGAGAUAGAUUUAAAUUCUACACAUUAAUGCACCUCUUAGUCCAUCUUCCGUCGACGUCACUAUUUUAUGCCUAAAAUAAUGGAAAUAAGUUAUUGGUUAUGCUGGCAUAUGCGAGGAAACUCACUAGCCAUCACUUCCUUACCAAAAAGGUCGCCCUUCGGAUCCGGAUUGAAGUACCUGCCCAAGGGAUCAACCCCCUGGAGAGAACCACUCCUCUGAAGAGUGCCCUAUGAGAGAAGACUAUGUGAUAGGCAAAAACUAUGAAACCCAUCUGACAGGGACAAGAAAACCUUGGGGUAGAAGCAAAGUUUCCCUCUUUUGUCAAGGUUUUCCAAGCCUGAAAAUCUACUUCAAAAAGGGACCACCCUGCUUUCAGUUUCAUCAGGAUGGGCCUACCUGCUCCAUAAGGAGUGUCUCGAUGAUCAAUUUCUGCCAAUAUCACCAUUUUAUUACUAAAAUAGUGGAAAGGAAUUUAAAGAGGGCCAAAGAGUCGUACAUAUGAUGAGUGGCCUUUUAACACUAGUUGGUUUUUCCUUAUCUGGAGUUUUAUUUGACGAUUUUUCAACUGAACUUGUAGAAGUUUUGACUGGUAUUAUUGCUGCAUUUGGCUGCUCUGUGUAUUAUUUUUAUCCAGAAGUUCCAAUUAAAUUUAGUUAUUCGAAUUAG